AUGUCGCUAGCACUUUCCCAUUGCAUUUCCAGGAUUCUUCCUCAAUGGGUGGUUCAGCGAAGUUUGCUUAUGGAUGGGCGUCAUGCAGCAAAAAGCGGUCUAUAUAUUCAAGCAAUGACACUCAGGACAACAGCCGCCCUAAGAGCUGAACCCAAAAAGAAGAAGAAAGUAGAUCCGAGAAGGGAGCUGAUGGUAAAAGAAAGAAUGAGGAAAAAACUAAAAAAGCUGGAAAAAGUACCACCUGAGUUCAUCCCAAUAGAAGACUUUAUGACACCAGCUAAAUGCUUGGAUGAAGAAAGAACACGGUUUGUACCUGCCAUCUCGUUUGAAGAAAGUGAACGCAGAGCUCUGUUACUGAAGGAGUGGUCUCGAUAUAAACAAGAGCAGCACAUGGCUGAGAUGAAAGCUCUUGAAUGUGCUCUAGAAGCUCAGAGAGAAGCGCUGGAGGAGCUGAGACUCUCCUCAGAGGAGCUGUACGACGAGGCCCUCAAACCUGACCUGUCUCUGCUCCCCUUCAGCCGCGAGGGUCCCGUCUACACACCGGCCAAAGACAAGUACGAGGCGCCUGAAGGGAAAUACAACGACACAACCAGGGUUUACACACAAUAA